UCCUCGUCUGUCAUGUGAAAGGAAAGGGAAGGACCGACUGGAAACACGAACUGGACCUAAAAACCAACUCCCCGAAGGAAACCCCGUUUAGUCUGAAGAUAUUUAAUCAUUUAAAUGAUUACUGAGCCUGCCAGAGGUCAGCUAGCUGGAUGCUGAAGCUGGUUUUCCUGUGUUUGCUAAGCUAAGCUAGCUGAUAUCAAACACCGCCUUAGGAGAUGAGCUCCGAUCUUGACCUGGACCUAGACCUGAACAAGAGGUUCUUCGCUGAUAACCUGCUGACCAGCGAGGACUGGGAUGCCUGCCUGUACCAGUGUGAAAGCAUGGAGGAUGACGGAGACUUCAGCCGUGGGCUGAAAUACGACGCAUCGUUUGACAACGACCUCGUGCUCACACUCGAUCCCGACAACCCCACGUCGCCAUGGCAACACCUUCACGACAACCUUCUCACAGGAGAAGCUCCAGUGAUAAAGAAUGAAAUGACAAUAACACAGCCUUUACCGGUGGAAAUGCUGUUCCAGGUGAAAGCAGAGCCUCCCUCUCCAGCGUCCUCACUGGGAUCCGACUGUUCUCCAUCAUCUCCAGACCCACAGAUCACAGUUAAAGGUGAAAACCCUCCGACUCCUCCGUACAUGUACGGUGACGUGCUGUCGCCUCCGCUGGGAUCCAUGGAGGUAACUGUGGCAACGACUGCAGCGCCCCCGCCACAGGUUCCUGCAGCGACGCAGAUUCCUGCAACAACGCAGCUCCAGGCAGCGAUAACAGCGAUCCCAGCGGUCAUCAGUGGAAUACAGACGCAGGCAGCAGUGCUGCCGGGCUCGGCCACAUUAAAAGCCAGCUCCAUCCUGAGCACCAAACCUCCCAUCCAGCCCAGACCGGUGUGUGUCGCCACUCUCCCCGUCCCCCAGACCCCCACACCAGCCAAGACCCUGAUCCUGCAGGGGCUCCCCUCCAUGGACCAGAGCCGGCCUGUCGUCCUUUCUCCGUCCGUCUGCCUCGGUUCAGCUCCGGCCAUCGUAAAGAUGGAGCCCGUCUCUCCCAGCAUGCCUUGCUCCAGCCCCACGGCCCCGCCCACCAGCAAACCCAUCGUUCCGGCAACCACCACGUUACCUGGGAACAACUCCAGCGACAUCGAUAUGAAGGUCCUGAAGCGGCAGCAGAGGAUGAUCAAGAACCGGGAGUCGGCCUGCCAGUCCAGGAAGAAGAAGAAGGAGUACCUGCAGAACCUGGAAGCUCAGCUGAGGGAGGCCCAGCAGGAGAACGAACGCCUCCGCAGGGAGAACCAGGCGCUGAGGGAGAGACUGGCUGGGAAGGAGGGCAGCGACUCGGCGAGCAACAAGAGAGCCGUGUGUGUGAUGGCCGUUCUGCUCUUCAUGACCUUCAGCUUUGGACCCGUCAGCAUCACAGACAGGAAGCUGUCCACGGUUCUGCAGGACGACGUGGUGUCAUUUUCAGGACGACGGCUGCUGGAGAUCCAACAACAACAACAACAACAACAACAGCAGCAGGUGGCAGCUCCACCUCCCAGCAGCGUCGAGGACAAGACGGAGGCAGAGGAGGAAGGAGGAGAAGAAGAAAGAUACGCUGCAGAGUCUUAUCAGUUCAGAAACCUGAGCGACAUGUUCAGUGAUGUGAAAGACCUGGUUCUGCAGGACAUCGACCGUUAUUUCAGCUCCUCAGACUGCCGGCAGUUCAACCGCUCCGAGUCCCUCAGGCUGGCAGACGAGCUCAGAGGUUGGGUUCAUCGACAUCAGAUCGACCGGAAGAAGUCUGGAGGAAAACCCAAGAUCGCCAAGAAGGCCAGGAUCGCACAGAAAGCUCAGCAGAGGAAGACGAAUAUCUCCAGAUAUCUGCCGAUCCAGGCUCACCGCUCCAUAGAAAGUCAGCUACAGGUUCUUCCUGGUCCAGAAGUCACCUACAGCGAUUUCCUGGAUGCCAUCGACCGUAGAGAGGAUACCUUCUACGUAGUUUCUUUCAGACGGGACCACCUGCUGCUUCCUGCCAUCAGCCACAACAAAACCAGCCGGCCCAAAAUGUCUCUGGUGAUGCCGGCCAUGUCGGUGAAUGAGAGCCUCUAUAACUCCUCCCAGGGCUAUGAGAUGAUGAUGCAGGUGGACUGUGAGGUCAUGGACACUCGGAUUGUCCCCAUCAAGUCGUCCGCCGUCCCCCCGUCCCUUCGAGACCCGCCCCCGCCUCCCCCGUCCUCCCACAGCCCCCACCAUCACCACGGCAACCACACCUCCCUCCGAGGACGCCACCACUCCUCCUCUUCCUCCCCGUCGUCGUCUCCAAGGCAGCGUUUACCCACCCGCCGACGGACAGGCGAAUAUUUAAUCAGCCAAUCAGAAGGAGUCUGAGGAGGAGAUGAUGUCCUAUUAAAACACGACAUUAUCUCCUCAGCAGGGAACAGUUUGUCCUCCGGCCAAUCACAUCUCAACACUGCAUUUCCUGCCCUGAAAGGAUUUCAAUCUAAAGUAAAAUCCUCUGAAGAAGAUCACGCCCUAAAAUAAAAUAUCUGUCAGACUGAGGUGAGACGGCAGCUCCUGCACUUAGUGCUGCGUUUUAAUAUUUAAUUCUGAAACUGUGUGAAUGAAAUGAAGAGUGGAAGCUGUCUGUGUUCAUGUUUUACAAAGGUUAGCUUCUGAUUUAGCUCCUGAAGAACCUCCUCUGGUUCAUUCAGGAGCUUUAAUCAAACCCGUUUAUGGUCUGUUCAGCUGUGGAGUCUCCUGAUGGGGGCGCUGUGUGGUGGUCUCUGUAUAUUUUUUGUGUUUUAACCUCCAGAGGCUCAUCACAUUUACUGAAGAGGAAACGCGUAUCAGGACAGUAAAUACAAGGACAGUGAAUAAUGGAUAGUAAAUAAUGGACAGUAAAUAAAGGAUAGCAGGAGGUCAGAAAUGGUUCAUAACCACUCUUUUUGUCAGAACUAUGAGAUCUUUUCUGUCUUUAUGGACUAAUAAUGGGGUACAGAAGGUAAAUGGUGUUUCUCUCAGGUAAAUGUUUUGUGUCUCAGCAGUAACCGGACUUCAUUGCAGUCUGGAUGUUUGACGGCAUCUCAGUAAAGCAGGAUCUUCAAGUUAAUGAAAGUUCCACUGUAAAUACAUCAGCUGGUCAUGUGUGAUGAGGCAUUUAUUAGCUGAUAUAUUGAUCGAUCAGAUGCUGUAAUGACCCAAACACUUGCUGAUCAACAUGUUAGCUUCUGUAACAACAAUAACUAACCCAGGAACUAUUAGAUGAACAGUUCUGGUGAUUAAUGAGGAGUUCUGGUCCCUAAUUAAUGUCGAAACUGUUUUUUUUCACUGAAAUUACUGCAGAAAAGAUUGGAAAAAUUAAUUCUGCACACGGAUUCAUAGAAAGAUGAGACAUGGAUGUACAGCUGCAUUAGUAAAGUACUGGCUCUGGUGUGUUUCAUGAGGAAACCAGCUGCAAUUCCAGCUGUUUCAUGUUUUAUUUAGCAUCACAGAAUCUUUGUGUAAAUCUGUUUCUGUAAAUCACAUGUUGGGUUCUGCGUCGCUGGAAUGACUUUUUUUCUGAGGGUUCAAAAGUUUGUAAACUCAACACAAAAGUAUAAAUCAGAGAAAACAAACAGUUCAAGGUUUUGUAGUUUGGCUCCUUUCUAAACUAAAAUUGUCAUUUUAGUAGUUUUCAGGCAGAUUAUUAUUGAAAUACAAGAAGAAGAAAAACAUCCAAUGAGCUAAAAGUUCCAGCUGUCAGAUGAACCUGCUGGUGGUUUCUAGUCAGAAAUGUGACUUUCUGUCGUUUUCAUGGACUUCAUCAUAGAUCCUGCUUCACUUAUCCAUGUUUCUGUUUGUUUGAUGGGAUUUAUUAUUUAAUAGUUGUAAAUAUUCAUGUAGAUAUUUUGUUUGUAUUUGUCACAUUUUUAAAGAAAAAAAUUUUUUUUAUUCCUUUGUUUUUUCACACAAAGUUUAAAAAGUGUAGAAAAAGAAUAAAGUGGUUUCUGUGAUAAUGA